AUAAUUCCACUUUUACCAAAAAUCACACAAACAAAAACCAAUUCUCACUCACUUCUCUCUAAGAUCAAAAUACCAAAAAAAUAUAGAAAAAAGGGAAGAACACUAUGAACUUCAUAGAAUUCCUCAAGAACACGUAAAGAAAAAGUUUCAGAUCUCUUUCUGAACUCUCUUUUUCCGAUCGCACAUCACUUGUCUCCACACGGUGACCGCGGCACAUCCCUCCGGCGAUUGUCUUCCGACACGACUUCCCCCUCCGGUGCGAAUUCACUUUCCGGUGCAGCAAGCUUCCGACGCGGCAUCUUCCACUUCGUACUUCCGAUCACUUUCUCGUCAUUUCGAUUACGCUCGCUCGCGGGAUCCUAGUUUACUCGCUCUCUUCGCUUUAGUUUACGGAUCGUCAUCCGUUUGAUUUAACUAUAUUGGUAUAUUUAUGGGCGUGGGAAGAAAGGCAAGUUAAGAGGCGAAUAAAUAUAUUCCUCCGCAAAUUGAAGAAGAAGAAGAAGAAGAAGAAUACCCUAAAAAAGAAGACCGCGUAAACAGAGAGUGCAAGACCAGAAAAGAUAGUAAUGGGUGUGUCAAAGGAACAAGUGGAAUCAUCUUUGAACUCCAAACUUAACCCUUCCCAUCUUGAAGUAAUCGAUAUAUCUGGAGGGUGUGGUGCAAGUUUUUCUGUUGAGAUCGUGUCGGAACAAUUUGAAGGCAAAAGGCUACUUGAAAGGCAUAGAAUGGUGAAUGCUGCAUUAGAAGAGGAAAUGAAAGAGAUUCAUGCUCUCUCUGUAAAGAAAGCUGUAACUCCAGAGCAGUGGAAAAAACAGCAAGAAUCCAACCAAUCAAACCCUGCUGCCUAGAGCAUAUGAUAAUAUUUAUUACGAAUAAAAAUUCCUUACAAUAUGUUGCUGCCAAUAUUUCUGGAUCAUAGUUCUAUGCAUCCUUGUUACCCCAGAAAAUUUAUAUUGUACUGCUUAAUUUUAGUUACAAAACUGGAGUGAUUUUAUGAUAAUUGCUCUUUUCUAUACUUU